GCUCGUGUUCCUCACAAGCCACAGGCUUAAUCUUCUCUAGUUAAAAAAAGAAAAGCUACAGUGUAACGUUGUUACUUGUUGAAAGCAAAGAUGUUUCCAGUUGUGUCGGGUAUCUUUAACAGGGGCCAGAAGCUAAAGGGGACAGUGGUGUUGAUGCGUAAGAAUGUGUUGGACAUCAACGCCCUCACCUCUGCUCAAAGUGCCACUGGUAUUAUCGGCGGCGCCAUCGGUGCCGUCGGUGAUAUCAUUGGCACCGGAGUUGACACCCUCACCUCCUUUCUGGGCAGAUCAGUGGCCCUCAAGUUGAUCAGUGCCACCAGUGCUGAUUCAACCGGAAAGGGAAAGGUUGGAAAGCAAACUUUUCUGGAAGGUCUUGUUGCUUCCUUACCAACCUUGCGAGCUGGAGAGUCUGCAUUGGAUAUUCACUUUGAAUGGGACAGUGACAUGGGAAUUCCUGGAGCAUUCUACAUAGAGAAUUUCAUGCAAGUUGAAUUCUUCCUUGUGAGUUUGACUCUUGAAGACGUUCCUAACCAUGGAACCAUCCACUUUGUUUGCAACUCAUGGGUUUACAAUGCAAAAAUGUACAAAAACACUCGUAUCUUUUUUACCAACAAGACAUACCUUCCAAGUGAAACACCGGGUCCACUAGUGAAGUACAGAGAAGAAGAAUUGAAGACUUUGAGAGGAGAUGGAACAGGACAGCGCAAAGAACAUGAAAGGAUCUAUGAUUAUGAUGUCUACAAUGAUUUGGGAACACCCGAAAAGGACAAUUUGGCUCGCCCGGUUCUCGGGGGGUCCACCUUGCCUUACCCUCGCAGAGGAAGAACUGGUAGAAACAAAUCUAAAAAAGAUCCUAAAAGUGAGAUUCGCAGCGACUCUGUUUACAUUCCGAGGGAUGAGUCAUUUGGUCACUUGAAGUCAUCAGAUUUCCUUGCUUAUAUACUCAAAUCUGCAUCUCAAAAUGUGAUACCUCAAUUACAAUCUGCACUUAGACUACAAUUCAACCAGCCUGAGUUUACUAGCUUUGACGACGUGCGCGGACUCUAUGAUGGUGGGAUUAAGUUGCCUACUGAUGCACUUAGCAAGCUUAGUCCUAUACCAUUGUUCACUGAACUCUUCAGAACUGAUGGGGAACAGGUCCUUAAGUUUCCCACACCUAAAGUAAUUCAAGUGAAUCUGUCUGGAUGGAUGACUGAUGAAGAGUUUGCAAGAGAGAUGAUUGCUGGAGUAAAUCCACACAUUAUUAAGAAACUUGAGGAGUUCCCACCAAAGAGCAAGCUAGAUAGCCAACUUUACGGUGAUAAUACCAGCACAAUAACCAAAGAAAACUUAGAGCCUAACUUGGGUGGACUCACUGUAGAACAGGCUAUCCAAAACAACAAAUUGUUCAUACUAGACCAUCAUGACACACUAAUUCCAUAUUUGAGGAGAAUAAACGCAACUGAGACAAAGGCCUAUGCUACUAGAACCAUCCUUUUCUUGCAAGAUAAUGGAACUUUAAAGCCAUUGGCCAUUGAACUAAGUAAACCACAUCCUCAGGGUGAUAAUUUUGGCCCUGUUAGUGAUGUUUACCUUCCAGCAGAACAAGGUGUUGAAGCUUCUAUUUGGCUACUUGCCAAGGCUUAUGUGAUCGUAAAUGACUCUUGCUACCACCAGCUUGUCAGCCAUUGGUUAAACACUCAUGCAGUUGUUGAGCCAUUCGUGAUAGCAACAAACAGGCAUCUUAGUGUUGUGCACCCUAUUCACAAACUUCUUCUUCCACACUAUCGCGACACAAUGAACAUCAAUGCCCUUGCUAGGAAUGUCCUGGUGAAUGCUGAGGGUAUUAUAGAAUCAACAUUCUUCUGGGGAAAAUAUGCUUUGGAAAUGUCUGCUGUUGUAUACAAGGAUUGGGUUUUCCCUGAGCAGGCACUACCUGCUGAUCUUGUUAAGAGAGGUGUGGCUGUUGAGGAUUCAUCUUCUCCACAUGGUCUUCGUCUUUUGAUAGAGGACUAUCCUUAUGCUGCUGAUGGAUUAGAGAUAUGGGCUACUAUCAAGUCAUGGGUCCAAGAAUAUGUCUCUUUCUACUACAAGUCAGAUGCUGCUAUUGCACAAGAUGCUGAACUCCAAGCCUUUUGGAAAGAACUAGUAGAGGUUGGCCACGGUGACAAGAAAAAUGAGCCAUGGUGGGGGAAGAUGAAAACUCGCCAAGAGUUGAUUGAAUCUUGCACCACACUCAUUUGGACUGCUUCAGCCCUUCAUGCAGCUGUUAAUUUUGGACAAUAUCCUUAUGGUGGCUAUAUCCUUAACCGGCCAACUCUUAGCAGGCGAUUCAUGCCUGAGAUAGGGUCCCCUGAGUAUGAUGAGCUUGCUAAGAACCCUCAGAAGGCAUAUUUGAAAACAAUUACAGGGAAGAGUGAUGCCCUUAAAGACCUUACAAUUAUAGAGGUCUUGUCAAGGCAUGCUUCCGAUGAGUUGUACCUUGGACAGAGAGAUGGUGGUGAAUUUUGGACUUUUGACAAAGAGCCAUUAGAGGCCUUCAAGAGGUUUGGAAAGAAGUUGGCAGAAAUUGAGCAAAAGCUCAUCCAAAGGAACAAUGAUGAGACACUGAGGAACCGAUACGGCCCAGUGCAGAUGCCCUACACAUUGCUUUAUCCUUCUAGUGAAGAAGGGUUGACUUGCAGAGGCAUUCCUAACAGCAUCUCCAUCUAAAGAGGUUUAUGGUUGUGUUGCAAUUUAAAUAAAAGAUGAGGUGUAAUUCCUUCAUUCCCGUGUAUAGUUAUUAUGUAUGUUUGGAUGCUUUGAUGUUUUGCUUUAAUAAAUUUUCUCUGUUUCUACUUUGUACCAUGCUAGAUUUACAAUAUGAAGUGAAGCUUUCAUGCA